AUGUUUUUAAACAAUAUCUCAGACUCAGAUGAUGAUAAAUGUGCUCCAAAAGUUUGCCUAGAUACUUUAGGGUUGAGUUAGGAAAUUGAUAAAAAUGUAGAAAUUUGAUUUUAGAUAGCAAGCCAACAAAGAUCAUAACAAAAAAUACGAACUAUAAAAAGAAUUUAGGGGUUGGAGGAGCUUACUAUGAGGCUUAUGAUAUUGACCUAAACAAAUUCACUUUUGAAAAAAACAUGUUUGAUUAAGAGAAAAAAUAAUCAUGUGACUCAAUAGGAGAGGGAGUUGACGAUUUUAAAUUGUUAGAAAUUCCUCAGGGAGCUUCUUAAGAUAUCUUAGAUCCAUUGAUUUUAUCAAAACAAGUUAGUUAAUCUCAAUAGUGUUAAAGGGAUGCAAUAGAAACAAGCAAUAAUUGGGUUUUAGAAGAAAUUUAAAAAUAAUAAUAAUAUUUAGAAUAACUAGAAAAACUUGAACAAAUUGAGAAAUAGGAGUAAGAAGAAUGUCAAAUAGAAAUUUGUGAUUUUCUAGAAGCUGCAAUAUCUGAUAUGAUUCCUCUACCUCCUAUUUGCCCUUAUUCUGUAAAAAUUACUCAAAUAAAUUUGCCCGACUAAUUGUUAUCAUUUCUGAUUAAUCCGAUACCUACUGAAGGUAUGUUUUAGUGCAAGAUUGUAAGAGAUAAAUCAGGACUUAAUAGAUUUAUGCCAAAAUAUAGGAUGUAUUGGUGUCAAACCAAUUAAUUUUUGUUAGCAGCAAAAAAAUCUUUAAAUAAAAACAAAUUUAUUAUUACAUAAGAUAGUGAAUUUAAAUAAAAAGAUUAAGGAUUAUUAUUGGGGAAAGUUGAACAAAGUAAAUAAUCUAAGGCUGAUUAUUAUUUAUUUGACAAUGGAUCUAAAAAGAAAGAAUAAAAUUCUACUAAAAAGCUGAGAGUUUAAUUAGGAAGUGUAUUUUUUGAUACUAAUUAUGAGAAUAAAGGUAGACCAAGAAGGAUGGCUUUAGUGUUAAGAAAAAGUGAAAAAGAAAUUGUCUAAUUUAUUAGUCGUAAACCCCAAAUUAUAAAUACAUAAUAAUGUAAUUUUUUACUCUAUAAAUAUUAGAGUAAAAAUUAUACACUUUAGAUUUUUUUGGUAGAGUUAAAAAGGCUUCAGUCAAAAACUUUUAAUUGGUACUGAAAGGAGAAGAGAAGGAUCUUAUAUAUGUUUAAUUUGGAAAAAUUGAUAAAGAUUAAUUUCACUUGGAUUUUAUGAGUCCACUCAGUCCCUUAAUUGCUAUGUAAUUAGCACUAUGUAAUUUUAAUUUUAAAGGCAAGGCAUGAUGUGU